AUGUCUCCUAUGUUUGUGGGGAUUGGGACUGGUUGGCGUCCUGCCGUGCGCCACUGGACACGCUCCUCUUUCACCGGGAAACAGCUGAGAGUCUGCAUCCCACCUGAAUCCCCCAACAAGGAGUUGGUCUUGGUUAUCGGGGAUUCACAUCUCAGAUCCUUCGUGGAGAGAGAUGUGGACAUCAGAGCAGAUGGCCCAUACUCCUUUGGGUACAUUUGCUCCCCUGGUGCUACAUCUGACACCCUAGAGACUGACGUACGUCAUUCCACUGUUGACCAACGCGUGUCAAAAUGUGUGGUGCUGGCUACGGGCAACGACUCUUCCACCAGGGGCCAGACAGUGGAGCUGGCACAGAAGAACUUCCAGAGUCUUCUGUCUACAGUAAAACGUCUUUGCCCAAAGACAUGUGUGGUGGACUUCCCGGCUCGUCAUGUGGUCAGUGUGACCAAGCAGAACCAGUUUCGUCAAGCAUACAAGGCAGCAGCAGAGGCAGAAGGGCUGCAGUAUGUCUUCUGUGUGGACAGCUUUCCUAUGAAGAACUUGCGUCUGUGGGCUAAGGAUGGUAUCCACCUCAGUGUACCUGAAGGCAUGCGAGUCUUGUCAGACUUGAUCUGUAAGGCCAUCAGGGAGUUGUCUGAGAGCACCGUGGAUUCUGCCCACCCAAGCCCGAAGACACCUGCCGCCCCGUGUGUGAAGCCCCUGCCGAAGACCCCAGAUGUGGUUGUGACCUGUCCCACAUCCAGAGCAGUCCGAGUCCCAUCUACCACUCCACAGACGGACUCUGAGGGCUGGGAAUUUGGAAAGAAGAGUCUACAGUUGACUGCCACCACGAGGAAUGUUUCCCUGCGACAGGUCACCGGUCUGUGUGCUAUUCCCGUGUCUGCUGGCCGCUUUGCUGUUUUGUCUGCACCGCAGAAGACUCCUGCAAUCUCAAAGAACCCAACUACCCAGGCAACAAAGAAGAUGAAGCAUGCAGCCAGAGUUGGGGAAGCAGCGAGCUCAACAUCAAGCUGGCAACCUCGAGUUGUGCUGAAAAAGCUGGAGACAACUGUGGCAGAGGCGCCAGUCAGACCUGCUAUCAACACAGCACCGACAGAAGAUCAGCAGGUGAAGCCUGAUGUGAAGAGACCCAGGAGGACCUCCAGUCCUGUUCACAGAGAAGCAGAUGUGCAGGAGGAGCCUGAUGUGAAGAGACCCAGGAGGACCUCCAGUCCUGUUCACAGAGAAGCAGAUAUGCAGGAAACUGGGAUGGUAGAUGGUAAUGGUUCAAGUGUUGUUAUGUUUUUCAAGCGCAUCAGUGAAGUUUAUGACCACAUAAUCCAACUUGGUGCAGGAUUCAUUGAGCCAAAUGUUCAGUUUGAGCUCAAUAGCGUGGCAGUGACUUUGAAAGACUGUGACUGUGAUGGUGUGACUGCUGAGCCUACUCUGGGCUGUCCUGAACCUCAUGCUGAAAAAUACACAACAGACCUGGAACAUCAAGAGAAAGUGAAAGAAUACAGCAAGGAAAAAUACACAACAGACCUGGAACAUCAAGAGAAAGUGAAAGAAUACAGCAAGCAAAAAUACACAACAGACCUGGAACAUCAAGACAAAGUGAAAGAAUACAGCAAGGAAAAAUACACAACAGACCUGGAACAUCAAGACAAAGUGAAAGAAUACAGCAAGGAAAAAUACACAACAGACCUGGAACAUCAAGAGAAAGUGAAAGCAUAUAGUUGUGAGAAAUACAGAAAAGAUUUGAUACACCAAAAUAAAGUCAAAUGUGAAAGUGUCAAAAAUUAUAAAGCAAAUCCUGAUCUUCGACAAAAAUUAAAAGCACUAAAUAAAGCCAAAUACCACAAAGACAGUGCUUUUAGACAUAAAGUCCUGGCUAAAAAACGAUUCAACAGAAAUCAAGAUAAAGUACUAACUGAUCAGAUUAAUUCUGUAAUGAAUGAGUUUUUAAAGAAAUCAAAUGAUGGACCUGAAUUUGUUUGCUGUGUAUGUUUCCGAUCCAUGUUUAAAGCAGCAGUAGUUCUAUACAAACAAAAGAACUACAAAAACAAAGCAGCUCAAUUAACGGCGGAAACAUGUGUCUCGGAUGAGUAUUUGCAUGAAUGUACCUCUGACUGCAAUAAACCAUGUCCAUUACAAGAAUCAAGAGGAGAGCUUUGGAUGUGCAAGGUCUGUCAUUCAAAGAUCCGAAGAGGUGUAACCCCAGCAGAAUGGUGGGGAAACAAUUUACAACUGGAUUCAAUUCCUCUUGAGUUAUCUUGUUUGAAUCAUCUGGAAAAACACCUGAUUUCUUUAAACAUUCCAUUUAUGAAAGUAUUGGCUUUACCAAAGGGUGGUCAAAAUGGAUGCCACGGACCAAUUUUUUGCAUCCCUUCUUCAGUAAAUCAUACUUGUUCUGUUUUGCCUCGGUCAAAUCUAGAAGGUUGUCUGUUACGUGUUAAAUUAAAGCGCAAGCUAUCUUACAAAGGACAUUAUGAAUAUCACUUUGUUGACACAAAUCACCUGAAAGAAGCACUUAAAUAUUUAAAGGAAAACAAUCAAUAUUAUCAAGACAUAGAAAUAAAUGAAGAAUGGGUGAAUGAGUUUGCUAAGGAAGAAGAAAACGAAGUCUCAAACAAUAAUUCAAAACAACCUGAGUCUCCUGAUGAAGAAGAUGAAACUCUACAUGACCGGCAAAACCACUGUAUUUAUCAAGAUUCUUGUUCCAUGCCUGUUGAUCUUGGUCAAGAAACUCUUGAUCAGGGUUUUGAAGAUAUAAUUAAUCUGGCACCUGCUGAAGGAAACAAUCCUGUGCGUAUUUUGUCAGAUAAAGAUAAUGAAGCAAAAUCCUUUCCAUAUCUUUUUCCAUCAGGGAACAAUACGUAUCAUACGCCCAGACAGCACUACUUGACAUUGGCACGAUAUUUUAAUAACAGAAUAUUGCACGCUGAUGGAAGGUUUGCAAAGUGCGUUGAAUACAUUUUUUUUGCACAAUACAUGUCAGAAGUUCAGCAAGUCAUUCAGCAAGUGUCAAUAGCAUCACGCAAAGGACACACAAACCCUGCAGGCCAAAAAGAAAAUGCUCCAGAAAACAUUGAGUCUUUGCAAGACAUCAUUAAGACUGAUGAAGGAUAUCGUUUUCUAAGGCCUAUAAGAGGUACUCCAAGCUUUUGGCAAGGUGCACAAAAGGAUUUACUUGCCAUGGUGCGGAAUCUGGGAAAACCCACUUUCUUUUGCAGUUUUUCGUCUGCAGACUUGCGCUGGGGAGGGCUUUUAAAUUCAAUUUUGAAGCAAGAGGGGAGAACUGAAACUUCUGAGAGUUUGGAGUAUGCUGAAAGGUGUGAACUGUUGCGUAAUCGCCCUGUCACUGCAGCACGCAUGUUUGACUACAGGUGGCAUCUCUUGUUGAAUUACGUGUUACUAUCUUCAUUGAAUCCAAUUGGAAAAAUUAAAGAUUACUUUUAUCGUGUAGAAUUUCAACAACGUGGAUCACCCCAUGUACACGCUUUAUUUUGGAUUGAGGAUGCUCCUGAGAUUGGAAAAAACACAGAUGUGGUGAAAUUCAUCGACAAGUACAUAACAUGUGAAAUACCCACACAAGAUCAGCAAUUAGCUGAAACUGUUACCUCCGUGCAGCAACAUUCUCAACGGCAUUCGAAAACAUGUAAGAAAAAGAAUACAGCCUGCCGGUUCAAUUUCCCACGCCCUGUAUCUGAACGUACUUUCAUCACCAAAAAACAGAAAAUACCAAAGUGCCAAGGUGACACUGCAACAAACAGCCAAGAACAAAAAAAAGACACUGUUGAAUGCAUAUGCUCUCAGAAUGAACAGAACUUUAUGAAAGAAGAGGAUGCAAUGAAAAUACUGACAACUGUUAAAAAAGCACUUCUGGAUAAAGACAAUCCCAUUACAAGUAUCCAGCAACUGUUUCAAAAUGUUGGCAUUACGCAGGAAGUAUGGGAGAAAGCACUUAAAUGUGUUGAAAAACGCAUGCAAAUUGUCCUGCAAAGAGAUGUCAAUGAAAUUUGGAUUAAUCCAUAUAAUCCAAUUUUGUUGAAAUGUUGGAAUGCCAACAUGGACAUCCAAUAUGUGGUUGAUGUAUAUGCUUGUAUCGUUUAUAUUAUCAGCUAUAUGUCCAAAUCUGAGAGAGAGAUGGGGCUGUUGUUGAAACAAACACACCAAGAGGCAACAAAACAGGGAAACGCUGAUGCCAAAGAAGCUAUGAAGAAGAUUUGCCAAGCCUACCUCCAUAACCGUGAUGUGUCUGCACAAGAAGCUGUGUACAGAAUCACUCAAAUGCACCUCAAAGAAUGUUCAAGGAAAGUUGUGUUUAUCCCCACAGGUGACACAAUUUUCAAACUCACCAAACCACUAAAUGAACUGAAAAAGUCAGGAAACAAUGACAUUUGGAUGACUGGAUUUGUGGAUCGAUAUAAGAACAGACCGCAGAAUGACACUUUUGAUAAUAUGUGUAUAGCCACAUUUGCUUCAGAGUAUCGUGUGUUAAGUACAUCAGAAAAGAAAUCCAAAAAUGUGAUUAAGUUACAGAAUUCAUGUGGCUAUAUUUCAAAACGUUUCAGAACCAAACCUGCUGUUGUGCGCUAUGCACGGUUUUCAGAAACAAAGAAUCCUGAGCUAUAUUACAAAAGUCUGUUACAGCUGUUUUUUCCUUAUCGUCAUGAUAACGACCUCAAACCUUCAUCAUUUCAUUCUUUUGAACAGUUCUACAAAGAGGGCACAGUGCAGCUUGGCAACCAGACCGUUUCAGUGAUGUCAAUUGUGAAUUCAAACAGAUCUCACUAUGACACUGAAACUGAAGAUUUGGAAGAGAUAAAAAAUAACCUGGACUCUAAUGAAAUAUUAGAGGAUGCUUGGGCCAUGCUUUGUCCUGAGCAAGAAGCAGAACGUUUCGAAGCCAGUGAUGAGCUUGCACAGAGUAAAGUGGAUGAUGAAGACCCCUUGCCCCAUAUUCCAGAUUUGGGGAUAGCUAACAAAGAAACUGCUCAUUUAGAAAAACAACACAAUGCGAUGACUCGAGCUGAAGGUUUGGAUUUAAUUCGAUCUUUAAAUGACAUCCAGCUGUCUAUUUUUUUCAAAAUACAAAAGUGGUGCGUACAAAAAGUCAAUGGAAAUGAUCCAGAACCUUUAUAUGUGUUCAUCACUGGUGGCGCUGGCACAGGGAAAAGCCACUUGAUUCGGGCCAUUCAGUACGAAGCCAAUCGUCUAUUUGCUCCAAUGCGGCGCCACCCAGACAACAUGAGUGUUUUAAUAACAGCACCCACUGGUAUGGCAGCAUACAAUCUAAAUGCAUCUACAAUUCACAGUGCAUUUAGCAUUGGAACAGAUGUGACACUUCCCUACAUACCAUUAGGUGAAGAAAAACUCAAUUCUCUCCGUGCCAAAUAUAUUGAUGUGAAGUUAGUAAUCAUUGAUGAAAUAUCAAUGGUUUCUCAUAAACUGCUCACGUAACAUGGACGGCUGAGGCAAAUCAAGCAAAGAGGUGAUGUUUCCCCUUUUGGAAAUGUCAGCCUUAUAGCAGUUGGUGAUUUCUAUCAGUUACCUCCAGUUAUGGCAAAAGGUUUGUACACUGACAAUCUACCUCUGAACUUUUGGUCAAGUUUCAAAAUGGCUGAACUGAAAACAAUUGUCAGACAGAAGGAUACCACAUUUGCAGAAUUACUGAACAGAUUAAGAACACGCUCGAAAGGGACACCCAUGCUUCAUGAAGACAUCCACAUUCUACAAAGUCGUGAAACUGGAGAGGAGUCUUCUGCUCUACAUAUUUUUCCAACAAAUUCACAGGUAAAUGAACAUAACUUUAACCAGCUCAAAGCCACUUGUCCUGACUAUCAAACAAUAGAUGCACAGGACUAUCACUACAACAGGAAAAGUGGAAAAAUGGAAAGCAAAGUCACACCUCACAGUAAAGACAACCUCACCAGUCUGCAGAAACAGCUAUUUUUGGGUGUUCCUGCCAGAGUUAUGCUGUGUAAAAACAUUGAUGUGGAAGAUGGAUUGGUCAAUGGAGUCUGUGGAACUGUAACACAUAUUAGUGAAACAGAAAGAAAUGGACUUCCUGAAGCUGUGUAUGUUCAGUUUGAUGACAUCAAUGUUGGCACACAGAGACGAAAGAAGUACCCAUCCACUGCACCUGCUUUAAUAAACUCCACACGGAUACAGCCAGAGGAGGAAAGGGCUAACAGCAAAGGGGGAAAACGUCGUCAGUUUCCUCUUGCACUUGCCUGGGCUGUUACAAUCCACAAAGUACAAGGCCUGACUGUUGACAAUGCUGUGGUGUCGCUAAAGCAAGUGUUUGCCUCAGGACAAUCUUAUGUGGCUCUAAGUCGUGUAAGAAGUCUAGAUGGCCUUAUUAUCCAGGACUUUGAUGAGAAGGCUAUUUAUUGUAAUGAUGAGGUAAAACAUGCAUUGGAAGCUAUGCCAUGCUUCUUGGAUGACAAUGUGUCACAAGCCAAACAGUCAGCUGAUGUGUUAACCUUGUUUUUGAUGAAUGUUCAGGGUUUAGUAAAACAUGUACCUGAUUUGGUGUCAUCCAUGCAGCAUUUACAGCCUGACUGUAUAGCUGUGACAGAAACAUGGUUAACAUCUCAGUCUGCGCUUCAUAGUGUUGACAUAGACGGUUACAGUUUCCACAGCCGUCCACGAAGUCUGGCAUACGAACACAGCAAGCAUCCAGCUCUUACUACACUCAAAAGUCAAUAUCAUGGUGGAGUGGGCAUGUAUUGCUCCAACAACACUAACUAUCACUUUCCUGAUGCACCCCAAUUUAAUUUGGAGUGCUUAAUUUACAAAAAUGUAAAUCAGCAGGUUUUAGUUGCAGUUGUGUAUCGACCACCAGCAUAUCCCAUGUCUGUGUUCAAGCAGAACUUGAAAAAUCUGCUAUCUUGGCUACAGGCACAAAGUCAGUCCAUUGUUGUUAUGGGAGAUUUCAAUGAUGACAUAUUGAAAUCAUCAACAGUGUGCAAUUUCAUGACCAGUUACGGAUAUGUUCAGAAUGUCACAUCUCCAACUACAGAACGAGGCACUUUGAUUGAUCAUGUCUAUGUCAAAUCUCAACAAUAUGAGAUUUCAUCAGAAGUUGUUCCAACAUAUUUCAGUGAUCAUCAGGGCAUAGUCUGCUCUCUUAAGCUGAAGUCUGUGUAG